AUGGACGACGACGCAAAGACAGCCUCGGGGACAGGCCCAGGCCUCAGAUUCGACAAUAUCUCAACCGAUAGCGAGGUUAUUCUCACACCUGACCCCGAAGCACCUACUUCUCCCAGCAACCCGCCUGCCGACUCGGCCCUGCUCGAUACUCCCAUGUUAGGUGCUACUACACCAAGAGGCUCGAUGCAUUCGAGAAACCCAUCCUUCUCAGGCAGCAGUUCCAACCAUGAGGACUGGGAUGGAAUCCCACCUCUUGAUCGUUUGUCUGUGCUUGACCUCCUUGACAACUUUACGUUACCCCAACAGCUCGAGAAGCUUCAGAAGAACUUCUCGGUUCAUACAGAAAAGGUUCGCCGCUCCAGAGAGGCCAUCAAGACCAAGACACAGUCCGCACGAGACCGCAUGGUGGAAGAGUGGAGACGCCGAGUCCCUGAGGCUGAUGAGCAGCUCGAUCGCUACCGCAAGCAAAUGCAGCGACGUGUCGACAAGCUUGGGAAGCGAUGGAGCGAUACAAAGGUCAUCAGUGCUCGAGAGAAGGUAUCCUUCAUCUUUGGUGUCAUGAACAUCUUCAUUAGUGGUUACCUUAUCGGCGCAUACCCAGAAUACUUCCAUUGGUGGUACACUGCACAACUCCUGUACUUCAUGCCAAUCCGCUUCUUUACCUACCACCGCCGCGGUUACCAUUACUUCCUGGCAGACCUCUGCUAUUUCACCAACCUGUUGCUGGCACUCUCGAUUUGGGUAUUCCCUGGUUCCAAGCGCCUCUUUACUGCUUCGUACUGUCUGGCCUUUGGUAAUAAUGCCGUUGCUAUCAUCAUGUGGCGCAACUCGCUUGUCUUCCACAGCUUUGACAAGGUAACCUCGCUAUUCAUCCACAUCAUGCCGUGCGCAACUUUGCAUUGCAUUGUUCAUCUGUUCUCGCCCGAGAAGCAGAAGGAACUCUUCCCUGCCAUCUGGACCAUCAAGAAUUCACCGCCAGGAUCGCCAACGGCGUAUGCCAAUGUUGUCUCCAUGCUUGCUUGGAGUACCCUGCCUUACAUUUUCUGGCAGUUUUUGUACUACUUCUUUAUAACUGUGCGCCGGAGAGACAAGAUUGCGGCCGGUCGGCCAACCUCCUUCACUUGGUUGAAGAAGUCGUAUGCUAAAACCUGGUUGGGGAAAUUUGUGCUACGACAACCAGAGCGUUUGCAGGAAGCCACCUUCAUGCUCAUCCAGUAUUCCUACGCUCUUCUUACCAUGCUUCCUUGUCCGCUCUGGUUCCUUAGCCGCUGGGCUUCGGCGAUAUUCCUCAUGGCCGUCUUCACCUGGAGUAUUUACAAUGGUGCCACGUAUUACAUUGACGUAUUUGGCGUGCGCUUCCAGAAGGAGUUGGAAGCCAUGAAGGCCGAGGUAGCACAAUGGCAAAACUCCCCAGAACACAUGCCACAAUCGCCCCCUUUGAAUGCUCGACCCGAAGGACCUUUUGCUCAUCAGCAAGGUCGGCAGGGGGCAGCACCCUCAGGGUCCACAGGGCAGAUUCCUUCCAUGAACGAAGUCAGCCGCGAGAAGGACUUGAUGAAAGACACAUCUCUGGCUAGUAACGAUGCGAACCGAUCAGUGAGCGUGGACAAGAUCCCGCUUUUAGAUGAAACACGAAACUCUUCUACGGGAAUUGAUCGAAACCAGGUUAAUAAUACUCGAGGCCGGAGAGCGGGUUAG